AUGCAUCCACCUGGGGAGUUCAGAGUCUCGUCUGACUCCUUGGACUGUGCGACGUACUGUGAUCAGACAGCUGCUCAUAUCCACACUGAGUGUGAGCAUAAGAUCCACAGCCCCAGUGGGACGCUGAGCAGCCCUAACUGGCCAGACAAGUAUCCCAGCCGUAAGGAGUGCACCUGGGACAUCACAGCCACGCCGGGGCACCGAGUCAAGAUAGCCUUCAAUGAGUUUGAGAUCGAGCAGCAUCAGGAAUGUGCAUAUGACCACCUCGAGGCCUUUGACGGGGACAGUGACACGGCAGCCAUCUUGGGCCGACUGUGUGGCAGCAAGAUCCCGGAGCAGCUGGUCUCCACCGGCAACAAGAUGUACCUCCGCUUCAUUUCUGACGCCUCAGUACAAAGAAAGGGCUUCCAAGCUACACACUCCACAGAAUGUGGAGGUCGCCUAAAGCCAGAAGUUCGUCAGAAGAACCUCUACUCUCACGCCCAGUUUGGAGACAAUAAUUACCCAGGUCACACUGACUGUGAGUGGCUGCUGACAGCCGAGCAGGGUUAUGGCAUCGAGUUGACCUUCAUUACCUUUGAGGUAGAGGAGGAAGCUGACUGUGGUUAUGACUACAUCGAGCUGUACAAUGGGUACGAUGCCAACUCACAUCGACUCGGUCGCUUCUGCGGUUCAGGGCCCAGGGAAGGGAUCUACUCGCCCGGAAGCACGAUGCUGAUCCGUUUCCAUAGCGACGACACAAUCAGCAAGAAGGGCUUCCACAUCCGCUACACGAGCACCAAGAUCCAGGAGAGCCUUCACACCAGGAAAUGACCUCACACGCAGCCCGUAACCUCUGACCUCUGUGCAGCCCCCCGCCACUGUCACCCUGACCUUCACCAUGGCAACGAGAAAAGUACAGCCUGUCCCCUCUUCUCGGACCGACAGACAGAUGCGGACAUUUGUGGACGUUCACCAGCCGCGGGGGGAAGUCAACACUUGACGUGAACAUUAGUCUCCCUCCGUGGCUCCACACAGGUCAGCGCACUCUGAGAUGAGACAGGAAAAACACUGAGAUAUCAAUACGUGCUUCAGCAAACGUGGAGAAUCAUGCCGACGACUGAGCGAGCCAUCUCUGUGGAGGAGAUGGUUUUCAUUACUGCACAUCCAGCUACCCUCAGUGUGGAUACUCACGGUGGCAAAACAAAAGAGUACAAACACACACACCGGUAAACACACCAGACUCAUAUUCAGAACUAUAAACUAUGGAUGCUUGAGGAACUGAAGAGCUUCUACUUAAAAAGAAAAAUGCAUCCACCUGGGGAGUUCAGAGUCUCGUCUGACUCCUUGGACUGUGCGACGUACUGUGAUCAGACAGCUGCUCAUAUCCACAGUAACUGAGAGGAAACUCUGAGUAGACAUUUUUAUUGCCUUUGAUGCCUGGGAACUGCAACCCAGCUCAGAACGGCUGCAGAUGAUUUUAUUUCAUGUCUUAUUGUAAAACCCGUUGUGUUUACUGUAUGUGUGUCUGUGUGUACAGAGAAAAAAAAAAGAACAAACAAAAGGCUGAAGUCCGUCAUUUGCCCUUUUUGCUUAAAGCUUAUGCAGACAACCAUCGUGGAAUGGGGAGAAAAAAAAAUGCAAAUGGAGAAUUUCCAAAUGAUCUGUGAUGUUAAUGUUAAGCCUUGCAUUAUGUUGUGUGUGUGUCCAUGCUGUUUCUUGAGUUUGCACCAUCUUGUAACAAACUUUCGUGGAUGUUUCCAGUUUCCACCUCAGCCCCGCUCCCAAAAAAGUGGAUAUUGGAAAGGAAUAUUUUCACAGCUGUCUCUCGGAGUGACACAAUUCUGAUUGAAGGAGAGAUUCCCAUGGUGCUAACACAUAAGAAUACACUGAAUGACAGGCGACUGUGGUUGGAAAUAGGAGACACAGUCGGCGUGCGAACAGCACACUGCAUCAACAGCACUAGUCCUGUGGAACUACAAUAUUGCCUUAGAACCAAAAUGUAUAUCGAUGCUCUUGUGUCAGCGGAGUGUUUUCAAGGUUUUUUGGCAGCAUAUUUUAUUUGUUUGGAGACCUUGAAUGGUUUUAUUGUUUAAAAAAAAAACACAACAAAAAACAUGGGAAAUGUAGUCUGUGUGUGAGAUAGGGUGUCAAUGGUGCAUGUGUGUUUGUGUGUCAUUUUUGUAGCUGCUCUCAGAGAUACAUGAACACAUGCUUACACAUCCACAGAUACACAAAAACUCAUUUGUGUGCGUUUUCCCAGACAUAUCUGAACACACACUUCCUCUUCUGUAUAUCUGGAGUGUGGAGAGCAAAGUGCUGUGAAGGUGGAGGACAUACACAGUUUAUUGUGUUAAAUGCAAAUGUGUAAGUGUGUGUUAUAGGAGAUUAUAGAGAAAUAAUGUGUGUGUGUGUGUCUGUAAACUGUAUGUUUCUGAGUUGAAUCAUUCAUUGCUGUACGUGCCAAGCUCCAGGUGACCCUGAUCCGCUGUAGUUUUUGUUUUAUCACUCCACCUCUUGUGUCUGUAGUUCAGAGACACUGACAUGACGUCCUCUGCAUCAGUCAUUAAAUACACACAGCUGAAAACUACAAGCAUCUGUGUGUCAUGGAUUGUUGCUGUGUGUUAUAAAUGAAUUUAUGUUUUACAUUUUCUGACCUGUUUAGAUGAGACU